AUGCCGCUGCGUGUCCCUUCGCGUUAUCGAGGCCCUGGUGGAGCGGUCGCCAUCAUCAAGGAUGGUGAACUGGCUGGAAAGUAUACCUGGGGUUAUGCGGAUUUGCGAAAACGGAUCCCCAUGACUGCUUCAACACUGAUGCCAAUCUGCUCGAUUACGAAGCAGAUGUUGUGUUUGAUCCUCAAGGGUCUGGAGCGCAACCCCACACCAGCCAUGGUGGAGCGAGGCGAUAUACCUCAGCAACUGUCGGAUGCUUUUCGCCAGUUGGUCUCUCCCGAGCUCAUCGACAACAACGGUCUCCGAAUCGACCACCUCUGUAACAAUCAAUCGGGCAUCCGAGACUAUUGGGCCAUGUCGAUGUUCUGGGGCACACAACCGGAAGGGGGGUUCACUCUCGCGGAAGACGCCAAGAAAGCGCUUGACCGGACUAAGUCCCUCCAUUUCCAACCAGGCACACAAUUCUCCUACUGUAACCUCAACUUUCAUAUCCUUGCUCGCAUUGUCGAGCACGUUAGUGGAACAUCUCUCGGCGAACUGCUCUCGGAACGACUCUUUUUGCCUGCUGGGAUGAAAACUGCAACCCUCUGCGCAGACAACGCCGAGUUGCCUCUGCCAUGCGUCGGGUACGAAGGCAAUGAAUCUUUUGGCUAUAUACCGGCCGUCAACCGAACUCAAUGGUCCGGUGACGCCGGCGUCGUGGCCAGCCUGGAGGAUAUGAUCGCGUACGAAUGUUAUCUGGACAAGGCAUGGGCCGAUCAGGAGAGUGUGUAUCGAGAGAUCGCGAAAGAGCCGUUAUUCGAUGACGGUACACCAGCUGGGUAUGGAUAUGGCUUGGAACAUAUAAAGUAUGGGCAGACUGCGACAAUCGGCCAUGGCGGGGCCAUUCGUGGAUAUCGCCUGCACCGGACCCAAGCACCAACAGAACGAGUUGCCGUUGUGGCUAUGCUGAAUCACGAAAUAGAUGCCGCAGAGGUAGCUGGGCAUAUCCUUCAGCAAGCUCUUAGUCUCCCUACACAGCAUGGGCUGCCUUCCAUGCCGGCCCCAAACUGGGCGGGAAUUUACUUUGAUCCGGACGCACAAUUGGUGGUUGAAGUUCGCCUUGGGGGACCAGGAGAAGUCAUCGUUACGUAUACGGGUGAUGAUGAGACACUGAAGCUCACUGAGGAAUUUGAAGCACAGUCGGACCUGGCAACUGCUACGCUGUGUUCCGAUAUCCUCAUAAUCCACCGUAAAUACGAAAACCGUAAUAUCCAGGCGAAACGGAUUAUUGCUGGUCAACAGGCGCCCAAGGGCGACUAUGUCGGCCGAUACCAUUGUACGGAAAUGGACUCCAUCUUUCUAUGCAGCGGAGCCGGUGGUAUGCUGUACGGAUCGUUCAAGGGAUUCCUCGGCCACGGGCCCGCUGAGCUCAUGCGAUACCUGGGAGACGACAUUUGGUUUCUCGUAUGCGCACGAGGCCUAGAUGCACCAGCACCGGGGAACUGGACUGUUGUAUUUCAACGUGACGUACAGGGCGAGGUGGUGGGUGUUACGUUCGGGUGUUGGUUGGCCAGAAAGAUUACCUUUGUGAAGGACAGGACCCCUUAG